GUGACAAAGUUGCCUGCUCAUCGAGCUUGUUUACCGGAGGGGCCCUUAGUCGGUAGUCAUGAUGAUGGGCGAAGUCGACAACAUAAGGCUCUUGCAGCUACGCGGGUCGUCACAGAGCGUGGGGAGUUGAUGCAUGAUCGAUCCCAUGUCAGUCACUACAAUUAUGUUCCCGGGAGCGCAUUACUUUGGCAGGCAAAACAAAGAAUCUAGAGCAACGUGCUGGUAUUCACACCCACCCUCACUCAAAGACCCGGGCAGUCCUCAGCCACGGCAGAAAAGGGAGGGGGGGAGAGAAGAAGAUCACCGUUAUAAGAGGGCAGCCAGCCAAAAGCAUGAUCCGACGCGUCGCCGAUCCGACUCCAUGGCAGUUCCUCUUUGUGAUUGACUCCGGCUUUUGCUGUUCUGUUCCCUUCGAGAGAAUAUCAACGCACACUUACAUGCCAAAAUCCGAAAGGAAGACGAGAGAUCCGG